AUGAAGGCUCCUGAUAUCCAUUCUCCAUACGAGAAGGAAGAGUUUCGGAAGCCAAAGAUAAUUAAAGCGGAGGACCUGACUUUUGAGAAGGUUAUCGGCUCAGGAGGCUUCGGAGAAGUGUGGAUUGGAAAUUAUAUUCCGUCCAACACUAAAGUCGCGAUUAAAAAGCUAUUUGCUGAUGAGUUAUCAGAGCAAACAAUGUCAGAAAUAAGUCUUCAUGCGUCACUAAGCCAGCAGUUCUUAGUUCCUUUCAUUGGAUAUACAAAUGAAAAGCCAUUAUGUAUUGUGACUCAAUAUAUAUCAAAUGGAUCACUAUACGAUGCACUACACAAUCAAAACCCUCAAGUAAGUUUAUCUCCAACAGAUUUAACAAUAAUUGCCUUUGGAAUUGCUUCUGGAAUGGCAUACAUUCACUCUCGAAAUAUUAUACAUAGAGAUUUAAAGACACUAAAUAUCUUGCUAGAUUCUCAAUUAUUACCAAAAAUCAUCGAUUUUGGUACAUCUUCGUCAAAUAAAUCAAGAGCCAUUAAUCAGGAUGUCGGUACAGCAGCUAUCAUGGCUCCUGAACUUCACAGAUUUGAAAAAUACGAUCAAAGUGUUGAUGUAUACAGUUAUGGCAUCAUUUUAUGGGAAAUGUUGACCCACGAUAUCCCAUUUGGCGAUAAAGAACCAGUACAAAUCGUUUACUGUGUUGCGCAAAAGGGAGAAAGGCCAAUUUUGCCAAAUGACGUCCCAAUUCCAUUAAUGAAGUUAAUUAACUCAUGUUGGGCCGAAGAUCCGAAACAGAGACCAGCUUUUUCAGAGAUUUGCGCAAAAUUCUUGUCCGGAGAAGUUUCAUUCAAAGGAUCUGUUCCACAGGCCUUCCGCAGGUACCUACAGAACUUCCAGAUCGCCACUAUAUCAGAUUCAUUCACUUCCCCUGUCGAAUUCGUGUUUCCAGAGAACAAUUUGUUCCCUCCUUCAGAAUUGAAGCUGAAAAACUCAGCAAUCUCAGGAAUACAGUUCGAAAUACCACAGAUGACGACUGAUGAGGUCAUAAACAUUGUUUCUGUGCCGGAUCAUCCGAGAUUUGAAGAAGUUCUUGAUUUUAUCGAAGAACAUAUGACGGUUAUUGAUGAAAUCGGUGAGAAAUUCUGGCCAUUAUUUCUGCCUCUUCUUACUUCCAAUCAUUAUAAGUCAAUUGACCGUAUCUUGAAUAUAUUAUUGUAUGCUGCAAAGAAAAGGUCUCUUUUGCAGCAUAUUGUGAAAGUACAGAACCCAUACAUGUACUUGUCACCUAAAUCUCUUGAGAUUUUCCUUUAUGCGAUCACUUAUUAUCCAGAAGUAGCAGAUACAAUGUUCGUUAUGCACCUGCAAGUGUUGUUACUCAAAUCUACGCCUGAGGACAGGUUCAAAUCCAUAACAAUACUGUGCAAAAUCAUAGAAAAAACAGAAGAUGAAGAAUUAAAGUCUCAAAUUGUCGAAUUCUUGUUCUCAGCAUCAGACAAAUUCAUAUCAGAGCCAUCAGGACUACUCGCUCUUAAGACUGUCGUUGUUUAUAAGACAGAAACGAUAAAUGAUUACGAUCUCGGAGUUGUCUGCUUGAAAUACUUGAACUCAAAGGUCACUGAUAACAUUGUGACCGCGUACCAAGUCAUUUCUUGCUAUCCAAGGUCCAUAAACAUCCCAAUUCCCUUAAUUUACGAACAUUUACAGAGAAAAGAGACAAAUAUCGUCAAUCUAGCGAUAGAAGCCCUCAGAAUGUCCCUUCACAUUGACGAUAUCGAAGAAGUUUCUCAAACUGUCUUGGAAUUGUUGAAAUGCUACCUGAACUCCCGCCAAAACCGGGCUCUUCUGCUUAUAUUCGCCCUCGCAGACACAUCCCUUGAAGCAGGAGCCUCAGCGAUUCAAGUUUACUUUCAAGAAGCAAUAUGUUCGGCCAUUUUUUCGAUUUCUGACGAUGUAGCGCCUGAUCUUAUGCCUCUGAUCGUACUUUUGUUCAGAGUUCACCUCGCUUUCUUCAUGAACCACCCGAUUCUUCCGAAAUUUACAAAUUCCAUCUUCAGAUUCGGCGACAAUGAGGCUUUUUGUGUCAUGUGCCAGAUUAUCUCCCACUUUAACCUAGAACAGGGCAUGGCCGACUCAUUUGACGAAUCUGGUGCCUUGGAAACACUCGCUCUACGCGUUGCCAAGACAAAAUCGUCCUCUGUGGUCGAGUACGGAUCAUUGGUCAUCUCACUUUUCCUUCGAAUGAAGUAUUUUAAUAUUUUCGACAUUUGUAUUCCAUCGUUGGCAACUCAGGUGCGAACUAUGAAGAAACUGACACCGAAUUCGCUGAUUGCUUUGUCGAAUAUGUCGAAAUAUCCUCAAUCUGUUUUAGAAAUGAAGAGAACUCACGUUUUGGACUCUUUGAGAGUUAUACAGUCACUUAAGGAAGUACAGAGUGUUCUCAAACCUUUGAUUGAGAAGCUCAACUAA